AUGAGACAUUUGUCGUCCUACGCUCUGACGCUUGCUUUGGCGGGCGCACUCGGCGUGGCCUCCGCUCAGUCAGCGCGCCAAACAUCUGAGAUCUCCUCUCGCGAUGGUUGUGGCAAGUACACCAUCAUAUCCACCAGAGGCACCGGCGAGAUGCAAGGGCCAUCUGCUGGCUUCGGGGGCAUGAUCCAGACAACCCUGUCCACCGUUGAAGGUGGUGAGGAAUACGACACUGUAUAUCCAGCCGACGCAUCGCAGAUGGGAACAGCAGGAACCGAAGACAUUCUGAGGCAGGUGUCAUCUACCUUGAGCGAGUGCCCAGACCACAUGUUUGCCUUGCUGGGUUAUAGCCAAGGUGCGGCGCAGACCACCGCAGCGGUACAGCAGAUUCCAGAAGAUAGCGACGAGUUUGAAGCUGUCAAAGCCAUCAUCGUGAUCGGAAAUCCAAGUCGCGUUCCUGGUCUGCAGGGGGAUGUCGAUGACAAUGGUCGCCAGAGUGGCAGCACAGGAGUGCAGGCCAUGAUGGGAGGGAUACCGCAGUACUGGGACGAUGCCGGCAAGGUCCUGGAUAUCUGCGCGGCAGGCGACAACAUUUGCAGUGGUAUGGGCGGCGGUGGCGGUGGAAUGAUGCGACGGUUGGGUGCGGGCCAUAUGACCUACCCAGGGAGCCAGUGGGUGCAACAGGCUGGAGCAGAUUUCAUGAUCAAGGCAUUCAGCGGGGAGAAUGAUGAGUGUUCAUCGGACGACGAUGACGAUGAUGAGGCGGAGGACGAUGACGAUGAGGAGUGCACGUCAGACGGCGACGAAGACGAUGAUGAUGAUGAAGCGGACGAUCUUGGCGCCAUAGAGACAAGUUCCACAGGACACGGUGCCGGAAGAAAAGGUGGCUCAGGCAUGCAUCGUGAGGCAGACGUUGAGGACGGCGAUGACGAAGCGGGUGACCUUGACGAUGUGAAAACAAGUUCUAAAUGGCAGGACGCUGGCCAUGGAAGGAACGGCCGCACGGGCACACAUCGCGGGAAGACAAAGACGUUCAAGAAGGACAGAACCGAAUUGGACUCGCUUGAGGACAGCGAAACUGCAGCUGAUGAAUUUGAAGGAAGGAGGACGAGUCCAAAAUGGAACGAUCAUGGCCAUAGGGGAAAGGGCAGCGCCGGUAGACAUCGCGGGGGGAGCCAGCCGCUCAGCGAAGACCUAAGCGAGUCGAGCGAGGCUGAGGACGAAGACUCGGACACUGAGCCCGAGAGCGCACGAAGCCCCGCGCGUGGCAGUGGACGUACCCGGACCACAUUCCAAGACAUGCCAGUGCGAGGCAGUCAAGCCCAGAAAAGCGCGGACAAAGACGAUUGCCCGUGUAAGAAAGGUCAAGGAGAGAUGGACGGAAGCGAGACGGGGUCGAGCGCAUCUCCAGCUUCGGACGAGGUGUUAAGCACAACAGACGACGACGACGCGGAGGAAGAGGAGUCCCAAACCCUUGAUUGCCCCGAGCCAGAAGAUGAAUCAUCCAUCGAGGACGAGACUGAAGGUGAGGAUGAGACUGAAGAUGAAGCGAGCCCCACAGAUGGUCAUGGGACGAAGGAUUCGCACCAGGCGGAAGAAAGAAGCACGAGCGCAGAGGCGAGGCCGAACAAGCGUGGUACUAUACCGGCCACGACUGACGUAGGAAAGGAUGGCAGCACCGAAUUCGAGGAAGCUGCUGGUCAAGCUGUAGAUGUCGAAGGAAUAGUGGGGAAGCGUACUGCGCCCAAGAAGCCAAAGAAAGCCCCGAGGCGCAAGAUGAGGCAGGCAAAAGUAGAGAAUUCAGCGCUGCUUAGCGAGACCCAAGGCGGUACGGGCAGCCCCAAUAGACACCUGCGCCAGAAAGGCAUGAAGCGCUGGACCAAGAGAUGGUCUCGCUUCUGA